AUGGACGAGAGCAAAGACCAUGAAGCUGAGAAGGCUGUCUCCACCAAGUCGACGGUAGAUGUUUUGGCCGUGGAAAUAUCGCCAAACCCGGCAGCCCUUAGUGACAAGCUGAUGCUGAAGGUGGACUUUCACUUGGAAACACCCGUCGCUAAUGGCGUCUGGGACAUCGAGUAUGUGGUGGACUGCGUCAUGAAACACCCGAUAAUUCAUAUCCUUUCCAACUCGUGA